AUGAGCGCAUUGAGUGUUGCCUGCUCUGUCGCGGGUCUCCUCACCACAGGGCUUGAGCUCGCUAAAGUCCUGGCCCCAUACAUCUUAGCAUUGAAGGAAACGCCCAGGAUUGCUACCCAUGUCCUCUCCGAGAUACGGGCCACCAACGUGAUACUUUCGGGGCUUCAGAAGCUUUUCACUAAGCUGUCUGACAUUUCCCCCAAGAGCGCUGCACUGAUAGAGCUUGAGGAGUUGAUCGUCAUAUUGACCGAUGGCGUUCUAAUAUAUUCGGAGCUGGAGAGUACUGUUGGGCCUCUCGUUGCAUCUGAUGCGCCCGAAUCAUGCCCUGCACUUCUCGCGCGGCUGCAGUGGACAAGGAAGGAGUCUCUGUUGGAGGCCAUUUUGAUGAGGCUGCAGGGGUUCAAGGGGUCCAUUACACUCAUCCUCGCCAUUCUCCAGACCGAUUCUCAAAUUCAAGCAGAAGAACAUCACGACAGACUCUCAAGAAAUAUCAACACUCUCUUAGAGAAUGACGAAGAUCUCUGGCGGCGCGUAGGAGGCGCCAGGAACAUUAUCGCUGACACUACCGUCGACUUCGAGGUAAUUCCAUCAUGCGCUGCUCCAAAAGGUCCUCCUCACCCCUUUGAACUAGAUCUCGAAGCGUCGCGUGUCUACCGCAUGGCAAAGCGAGACACGAUGGAUUUCUCAUUCCGAAGCUCGCUUGCUGGCAGCAUCGCUUGGUCUAUAUUCUCAGGCCUCAGCAUAAGCGACAUACCAGCCGUGGCUGCCAUCGCCCUGCCAAUACAGCCGAGAGAUCUCUCAAACGCCCACAGAUACGAGUUCAGCAACUCACUAUGGAAUCCAGAAACGACUGGCCAUCAACUCGGAAGUUGCUCUGGGACAAUAACCGAGGAGGCUCUGGAUAUUGAGAGAUCCAAGAAAAUAAUUGGAACCGUUACUCCACUCUCGAGGCCUUGUGCUUCGUCUGAGUCUAUGUUCUUCUAUACCCAAGGCAGCGCCAUCAUCCGUGUUCACCACAACACUCUCGCCAUGGAUACUCAGCUUCAACACCACAGUAACGACAUCAUACUGAUCGAAGUAAACAACUCUAGUCGGAGAGAGUCGGGUAAAUAUGUGUUUACCUAUGACACGGGAGGCGUGGCAGUUGUGUGGAAUCUGGCAACAGGCAAGGAGGUGUCUCGGUUCGUCUCGCCACAACUGACAUGCGCUGCCUGGAUGAGAAAUGGAGACUUGGUGCUCGGGAAUGCCAAAGGUUGUCUGAUUUUCUUUGACCCUAUAACAACACAACACUUCCCCGUCACUACAUUCUCUGGCAUAGCAAUAUCUACAAUUGCACAGGCCGAAGAAUGUGACUAUAUAGCCAUUGGCUGUCAAACCGGCGGGGUUUUCAUAGUUACUCCUCCUCCUAACUUCGCCAUUUUGUAUCAUGCAGCUCGCCGCCCACAGCUUUCUUUCCCAGUCGCAACACUUAGAUGGCAUCGGACCCCAUCCCUACAACAGAAAACCAUGUUAGCUGUGCAGUACAGCAACGGGGAUCUGCGAGUAUGGAGUAUGGGGAAGGCCUACUCCCCCGACAACCCAAUAAAAACUGUACGGGUCUUGGAUAAAAAUGGGAUUGACGAACAUGUGAAUUCCCAUUGGAUGGCGUGGUCAAAGAACGGAACUAUCGUUCAAUAUUCGGAUUCUAGCGGAACACUGGCCUGGGAUGUGCGCACCAAGUAUGUUACGCAAUACAACAUCCCUCUACCUGAAGGCAUCCAAGGCAUGGCAGUAUACGGCCCCGAGGCAAGGCUGUUUACAAUCGGGCCCGAUGACACUAUCCAACAAUUCAACGUUAGGUAUCCGCCUACAUUAGUUGCGAGUGUCCAGCAUCCUCUUCAAUUCUUUUAG